AUGGGAAUCCUUUCUGAAUAUCUAUUUGCAAUUGACCAGUGGAAACUCCUUGAGCAGUGGAAGAUUCACAUUCUUUACACGCUGUUUCUAACGGCAGAGGCUAAAACAUCCAUCCAAAAAAGCAUGCCGUAUAGAUCGCUAUAUGACAUGCACAUAAAUAGGUAUCCAAUUAAAACAUAUGAGGCACUGUCCCGGUACAGUGGACAAAUGAAAUAUGAAAUAAUGGAGUAUGCCGUGCUAGAAGAAAGAAUGCAUCAGCACCUGACUAGACUGCGUGUAAAGCUGCUCUUUCAGCUGCGCCAUGACAUGUGCCGCGUAAAGUUCUUUAUAUUCAAUAAUGUAGAGGUCCAAAAAAUAGCCAAGCCGGCUCUUAGCAAGUACUACAUGCAUAUUCUAGAGCUAAUAUUUAUUGAGGAGUUUUCUCCCGCACACCUGCACCAUAGCGCAGGAAAGCUGUAUGUACACCUAAAGAAGUCUCUCUCAAUAGGCAUUGACAUAAGAAGCACACUCAAUCGGAUAACAGAAAUAGUGGUCAUGGCCACCCCGCAGAGAGCGAUCACGGCCCAGCAGGAAGUGCUUCUCAAAGGUAUUUUCUGCGCUACGAUUAGGCAGGUGCUUGUUUACUAG